AUGCGCAGGCAGGAGACAAAAGGUAGAAGGCGGGAGUAUUUCCCUCGAAUGAAAAAAACGCACUUCCUUUCUCUCUCUCUCUCUCUCCUAAAAAACCAGCGCAAGAAAACCCUUCUCUCUUCUCUAAAAUCUCUUCUACUCCAUAAUUCCUUACAAUGGCGAAAUCGAUAAGUCCAGAAAAAGUAAUCGCCGAUAUCGGAAAACAGUUUUCUCAGCAAACUCGUCUCACCAAAGAUUUUCUCGUUAAAUCUCUUCGACAAGCUGCAAGUGCUCUAUUGGACCUUGAUCAGCUUUCCUCACUAAAACCUAUCAUAAGCCCAUUCAGUCAGUCCCUUGUAAAGCACGGACUGGUUCAGCAUAAAGACAAAGAUGUCAGACUCCUUGUCGCUGUUUGUUUGUGUGAAAUUAUCCGGGUCCUUGCACCUGACCCUUCCUUCGAUGAUAAUGUUUUCAAGGACAUUUUUGAGCUGUUUGUUAGUAUGUUUAUGGAGCUAGCUGAUACCACAAGCCCUUAUUUUUCAAGACGAGUUAAAAUAUUAGAGACCAUUGCAACACUAGAAUGCUGUCGUCGGAUGCUUGAUCUGGAUUGUGGUGAUCUAAUUCUCAAAAUGUUUAAGACAUUUUUCUCUGUUGUAAGAGAGGAACACCAACAGAGCCUGAUCAGCAGCAUGUUGUCCAUAAUGUCACUUAUAUUGAAUGAAGAAGAAGCUCCUCAGCCACUAUUGGAGGUGGUUCUACAAAAUUUAAGAAAGAAUGGAGAGGGUCCUGCUCCUGCUUCCUAUCAUCUCGCUGUUGCUUUAAUUCAGCAUUGUGCAGAAACUAUCAAGCCUGCUAUCUGUGGAUUUUUAAUGUCUUGCAUUUCAGAAAGAGACAGUGUGACAAGUGGGCUGAAAGAAUGUUACCAUGAAAUCAUAUUUGAAAUCUUUCAGUGCAUGCCACAUACGCUUCUUGCAGUCAUUCCAAAUUUGGCUCAAGAACUAGUGACUGAUCAAGUGGAUGUCAGGAUAAAAUCUGUUAAUUUAAUUGGAAAGCUUCUCACAGUGGUUGAAGAUUAUGAAAUACAUGAACAUCAUUUCUUAUUUGUCGAGCUUCUCAAAAGGUUUUCCGACAAAUCAGCUGAAGUCAGAAUUAGUGUUAUACGUGCUGUUAAAGCUUGCUACAUGGCUAACCCAUCUGCAAUAGAAUCCCACGAAAUCUUGUCUUCCCUCGAAGGCCGCCUACUUGAUUUUGAUGCCAGUGUAAGGACAGAGGCAAUUGCUGCUGUUUGUGAUUUGGCUAGGUUCAGCUUGAAAAGCUUUCCGGAAGUUCUAAUAGCUCGGACGACUGACCGACUUCGUGACAAGAUGACAUCAGUAAGGAAGGAGGCACUGAAGAAGUUACUAGAAGUUUAUCGUGAGUAUUGCACCAAGUGUCAUGAAGGACAAGUGGCGCUUAAUGAAGUUUAUGAGCAAAUUCCCUGUAAAAUACUGAUCCUCUCUUUUGAUAAGAAUCUGAAGGAGUUCAGGCCCCAAAACCUGGAGCUUCUGCUAGCCAUGGAUUUCUUUCCAUCAUCUCUUCCGGGGGACGAUAGAAUGAGGCAUUGGAUCUACCUGUACUCAAUGUUCACCCCGGCUCAUGUUAAUGCAUUAAACCUGAUAUUAUGUCAAAAAAGAAGGUUUCAAACAGAGAUGCAAAGCUACUUGUCCCUUCGGUUGAAAGCAAAGGGAACUGAUACUGAAGAGGUUAAUGUGAGAAUAAGCAAUGCUUUUACUCGAAUGUCAGCAGUGUGUCUUAGUCCUGUCAAAGCAGAAGAAUCUUUUCAUAAGCUGAACCUACUGAAGGAUGAUAACAUUUUGCUUCAAUUGUCUGGACUGUUGGAAGAACCUGAACUCUCAAGUGCAAAGGCUUUGAGGGAACAAUUUCUGAAAGUCAUCGGGGAUAAGCAUCCUCUUUUUGAGUUCCUGGAACUGCUCUCUUUGAAAUGUUUAAACAAUAUAUUUUGUUCUGAGCACGUUCGAUAUGUCUUGGAUUGUGUUUCCAGCAACAGAUGCAGAGAUAACAAUCAGGAAGAACCUUCUUUCAACCUCCUCUCAGAUAUUGUCAGAAAUUUUCCAAAACUUUUGAGAGGUUCAGAAAGCCAAUUUAAAACGCUAAUACUAGAUGAGGAUUCCCCAUGGUGUGGAAAGUUACUGCAGAUUUUAGCAAAAGUUGGCCCAUAUGUCUCUAUGGAACUCAGUGACAUUUACCCAAGGCUGGAGAAGUUGUGCCUGGAGGGGACUCGUGCUCAAUCCAAGGCUGCUGUAUCAGUAAUUGCUGCAUUACUUGAUCCCUCUGAACAAUAUCUUUGGGCGAAGUUGUGCCAGAAACUUGUGAAGUCACUUCAUAGUGGCCAGAACCUUCCCACUGUAAUGCAGUCUUUAGGAUGCAUAUCACAACAUGCAGUUGUGGUUUUUCAGAAACAUGAGAAUGAAAUAUUUUCAUACAUCAGGGAAAUAAUUUUUGAGGACAAAGCAUAUGAAGAUGCUGUUAUGGGAGAGGAACAGUCCAAGAGCGAUGUCUCCUUCCAUUACAAGCUGAAAAUAUAUGGGCUCAAAACAGUAGUCAAGAGCUUUUUACCAAAGAAAGAAUCUCAUGGAAAAGCACAAAUCACUAACUUGCUGGAUAUCUUGUCCAAAGUGCUAUUGACGGGUGAUUUAGCUGAUGCAACUACGGCAUGUGAAUUUGACGUGGCUCACUUGAGAUUAGCUGCUGCUAAAUCUAUUCUGCGGCUUUCGAGACGGUGGGAGAUACAUAUUUCACCCCUUAUUUUCCGGUCAACUAUUCUGAUGGCAAAGGACAAUUCAUUUUUUGCACGUAAAGCAUUUCUUGAUAAAACUCACAAGUUGCUGAAAAGGCAUGCUGCCUCAAGUAAAUUUGCUUGUGCAUUAGCUUUGGCUGCAUCUGAUUGUGUCAAAGAUCUGCAAGAUAAGUCAUUGAAAUAUUUGAUAGAAUUCAUCAAGGAAUACAGCAAAGCAACUCGUACCUGUGUUGCUUCAGGAAAAGAAGGAUCUAUGACAGAUAGCCCAGCAUACAUAAUGGUGUUCUUGCUCCAUGUUCUUACCCAUGAUGCAGGAUUUCCACAUGUGAACUCUCACACUGAAAAAUAUACUGCUCAGUUUUGCAGGCCACUUCUCCUCCUUUUGCAUGUGUUGGUUAGCCCUCAAUUCAUUGAUCAGGACUUAGAUCUUGUCAAGAAAAACUUUUUGUAUUUGCAAAGUAUAUUUCGGGCCAUCAGAAGAGCUGAGGAUGCUGUAGAUUCUGAGAAAACACCUAAGCUGCAUAUGCUAGCAGAGAUUGGAAUGUCUGUUUUGAAUUUUCUCAAACAUGAAAACAUUGAUUUGUCCCAUGCUCCUGGACUAGUUCUUCUUCCAUCAUCGCUGUAUAAAACUUGCGAGUCAAGGAUAACUUAUGAGGAUAAUUGCUUUCCAGUGGAAUUUCUGGUCAAUGAAGAUUUUCUGAGAAAGCUUGUUCAAGUCUUUGAAUGUGACUUUGUUCAGUUGUCCAGCUCAACUGCUAAGCGCAGUCGAAAAUAUAUGAAAGACAGUUUGCAAGGUCAGAAAGCUGUUGACUUUACCACGUCUAAGCAAGUUGAACUCUCAAGGAAAGUGACAAAAGAUGAAAAUGUCGCCCAGAAAGAGAUGGCAUCAACUUGCAUCCUUGAAGCAUGCCCUAAAGGAAGAGAAAGAAGUGCAAUAGUCCACUCUUCUCUAGGAGCGCUGCAAUUGCAAGAUGGGUCAUCAGUUAUUGAAGAAGUUGAAGCAGAUGAUUCUGGAGAUAAUGCACGUUUGCAAGCGAAAGACCGUCAUUUUGAUUAUGAAUCUGCAACUCUGGAAUUGUUUGAAAUUGAAUCACAUAUCUCUACUCAAGAGGUUGAUAUUUCAUUGACAGCUCCACUACAGGAAGAGAGGAAAAGGAAAAGUAGCUGUGAUUAUACAGAAAAUUUGGAUCACUGCGAAACAAAUAUCAGACAAGUUUGCAGCUCUGAUGGGUCAACGGUUUCCUUUUCCCGGCGGCGGUUCAGUCCUAAAAAACAGUGCUCUAUUGGUAUUGGAAAGGGAUCAGUCACUGUUUCAGGAGAAGGCAGUGCUAAAACACAAAGAUCAGGAACUAGUCAGCGGAAAAUUCUGUCGGAUAGGACAAAUUCAUUAUCAGGGAAUGGUUUGCUGAAACAUCGUGAGCCGAAAAAGAGUUGUCUGGGACUUAAAGUAUCUCUAGACACACCAGAAUCUGAUGUUUCUCAUGAGAACAAGAACGCGAUUGCCUUCAGAACUCGGAGACGAAAAGUUUAACUUAUGUCUGCAUAAAUAAAUUAGUAUCAAGCACUUGUGUUUCUAAUGGUGAUGCAUAAAUUAUAACAUGUAAACCUCUGUGUAGCUUACAGCCUUCUACAUAGAUAGAGUGCUUCUGUAAAUAUUCUGUAGUUAGCAUGGCUGGUGUAAUUAACUGAUUAUACUCCUACAAGUUUUAUUUAGAAAGAGUAGUGCAAUUUUGCUAGCACCAA